AGUAGCAGGAGUAGCUCGACAUGAGCGUUCAUGUUAUUCAUGGGAGGUGGCAUACUGCUCAAAUGAGGCGUUUCCGCGACGGAGUGGGUUGGGACACGAACAAUUCCACUAAGGAGUAGACUAGCCCGAGGAAAAAGGAAGACCACACCGCUUUUGUGUUACGCAGUGAUCAUUCUGCUACGGCGUGAUGUGAACGCGAGGAACUCGGAUGCAUGAAAGGUCCUGUCUGAGGAAUCCUCACGUGGACGCAGCCGGAGCAUGAAAACAUCUCAGUUGCCAAGACUCAGGGAUAGCUCCGCUUCUUUCUCUUCCUCAUUGACAAUUUACAGUUGUGGGGUACGAACACAUCAUCAUCACUUGGACUGAGUAUGUAUCAGGGGCAUUCACAGGAGAAAGACUCUAGGGCGGUUGCUAUGGUGUUGAAGGAGCUACCAAGUAAGGCAUCCUCAGAUGGAAACCCCCUGCUCACCGUGACAACCAAGUUGUGUAGUGCGCAGCAAGAGAGCCGGCCGUUGCUCAGCCCUUCCAUCGAUGACUUCCAGGCUGAGAGCAAGAGUGAUGGAGCCACACGACCAAUCACCUCUAACACAGCAGUCUUGUCCACAGCACUAGAUCUGGUGGACUUGAGUGAACCGUGUGAGAGACGCUGGAGCUGGGACAUUCGCAGCCCCCGUGGGUCUCGUAAGAACGGCUUCUCCAAGAGCAGCCUCCGCAGGAAGAAGACUGACGAGACGGAGCUGAUCCAGGUGGAGACAGAGCCUUCAUCUCCCAGUCCUUCUAACCCGGAAAGAGCCUCUUUAGAUUCAGUGAGCAGCUCACCGAUGGAGAAAUGGGAGGAGGUGAGCUUACAUCCGGACAGUGCCUUGAACCGAGGGAGAAAGUGGAGAUACGAGAGGAAGAGGUGCACCUCCAACCAUUCGUCCAGUGAGCUUCUGUGGUCUGCAGAUUUUAAAACAGAUUUCUCUAACAGGCAUAGCGCCCUGGAGCUCAGCAUUAGCACCGAAUCAGAUCCUGGACCGGCUCCUCAGCGGCAGAAGCCCCAGCUGGGCAGCGCUUUACUGGGGAGACAACACUCAUUAGAGGAGGAGUUUGUGCGAGCCAAGGCUGCUGUGGAGUCAGAUACUGAGUUCUGGGAUAAAAUGCAGGCUGAGUGGGAGGAGCUGGCGCGCCGGAACUGGCUGGAAGAUGCUGACAGUGAAGGCCUGGCUCCACUCAACUCAACUACCACUGAAAAGGGUUACUCCUUUCACACCAAUAACCCGUACAAAGACUACAGCAAUGCCUUUGAGCAGGGCCUGCAGAAGUGGAGAGAGGGUGAUCUAAACAGCGCUGUACUGCUGCUGGAAGCUGCUAUCUUACAGGACUCUCAGGACUCAGAGGCUUGGCAGGUUUUGGGGACCACGCAGGCAGAGAAUGAGAAUGAGCAGGCAGCCAUUGUUUGUCUGCAGAGAUGUUUGGAGCUUCACCCAAAUAAUCUGAAGGCCCUAAUGGCCCUGGCAGUGAGCCUGACCAACACAGGCCAACAACAGGAAGCAUGUGCGGCUCUCCACCGCUGGAUCAGAUAUAACCCCAGAUACAGACAUCUGCUGCUGCACAGAAGCCCUCUGGACGGCUCCCCGCUGCCUCGCCGCAGAGGAUCCUCCAUCUCCCCCAUCUCUACUCUCGGAUGUUCUCAGCUGGUGGAAGUGUUGGAUCUGUAUCAGGAAGCAGUGCAGCAGAAUGCCGAAGUAGUGGACCCUGAUCUCCAGACAGGUCUGGGUGUGCUCUUCAACCUCAGCUCGGAGUUUGACAAAGCUGUGGAUGCCUUCAACGCUGCACUGUCUGUGCGACCCGAGGACUAUUUACUGUGGAAUCGCCUGGGGGCCACGCUGGCUAAUGGAGACCGCAGUGAAGAGGCAGUGGAGGCUUACACCAGAGCUCUGGAGCUCCAGCCAGGCUUCAUCCGCUCCAGAUAUAACCUCGGCAUCAGCUGCAUCAACCUAGGGGCACAUCGAGAGGCAGUGAGCAACUUUCUGACAGCACUGCACCAGCAGAGGAAGAGCAGGAGUCAUCAGGUGAUGUCCAGCAAUAUUUGGGCUGCUCUGCGAAUUGCCCUUUCCCUCAUGGACCAGCCAGAACUUUUCCAGGCAGCCAGUGUGGGAGAUCUGGACCUUCUAAUGAGGGCCUUCAACAUGGACAUUUGAUUAAUAUUGGACAUGUGAAAUCUUUUAUUCACUUCAACCGUAGGCACAAAGCUAGGCAUGAGUGAAUGAGGAAUGUCAAUAUAAUAUGCAGAGCGUGCCCAGCUAUUUUUGGUGUAUUUAUGGACUAAAAGACCAUCUUUACCUUCUUUAGAGGACUUCCACUGUGGAGGUCAUUUAUUCAAUAGAGCACAAAAUGAAGGGUUUUAAAGCUAGAGUAAUAAAUAAGAUGGACGUGAAUAUUUAAAGAGAAAGAAUGAGAGCAACAAGCACUUUUCCUUGAUGUUAGUUAUAUUGUAUUGUAAUAUUUUUAAGCUUAUCUAAAGACUUUGUAUACUUGAGAAAAAUGAACCAAAUGGGAAUAUCUGAGGUAUUUUGUUCAGUCUAUGGGUAUGCAUUGAAUAUUACUCCACUCCAAAAAUAUCUAUUUAUCAUGUCCAUUUCUCAAGCAUGCACCUGUGACAUACUGCAAUGCUUAUUUCUCACCACUAAGUGGAGCUGUUGUCCCACUGAAAAAGCACACCCAUAGUGUAUCAGCUCGUCAUCUACCAAACCCAGUGACACUAAGUGCAGUAUGACAUUAUGAAUGAAUUUUACUUUAGGAUGCAACGCCCUCUCUGGGUGAUCUACGCCCAGGUGUGCAGGCAGGGUGUGUUCCCCAGGCCAUCUGUCUUCCAGCAAGCCCCUUUUAAUGCUGUGUGCUCCAGGGCACUCUGGAUCAGGGCUCGGUGGGGAACAACUUCAAAGACUCUGCAUGAAAGGUCACAGCAAAAGCAGUAGCAUGUUGAAAGUGACUUGAUGAAGGAGCAUUAUCCCAAACGUUUAAAUAGAACUGAAUACAUUGACAAAUACUGUAAAUGAUCUACUAUAUGUAAGCAACAACAUCCUGGCUGUACUGUUGGGCUUUGUAAGUUUAAAGUGCAUUUACUGUGACCGAAAACCCUUUAUAUUAUAGAGAUGCUGUAUAUUAACAGAAGCCAUUUGAUGAGGUAAACUAGCACAGUUAUGAUUUGAGCCCAGUUCAGUUUUAGGCUGAAUAUUUUUUGAAGACACAACUAUGCAAACUGGAAUUGCUAAAUUUACCAAAAAUGUUAGUGUGUGUAAUGAAGUUUGUCUUUAUGAUUUUGCCACUAUGCACCUAUAGUGAAGUCUUAUAAGAGGUCGGAUGAGAUUAUUGAAGGUGCAUUGAGUAAUUGCUGAUAAAUUAAAGAAAGAUGAUAUAUAGCAUGAAAAAAUCAAUGCAUUAUUCUGUCGGGCAGUGAGAGACAAGACUUCUUCAUUACAUGCACCUACUGCUUACAUAUUACAACAGAUUUAAGUCAUUUGAAAAAAAAAUUAUUGCAUGCAUGAUACACAAACAGCCUUUUCACAUUACUGAAUGUAACCAGUAUUAAUGUGCAUUUUAAAAGCCUGCAUUGCAAUAGAACAAAAUUAAAACACCAACUAAGUACAUAUGACAAUAUUUAAAUGCCACGUGUAUAUCUGGGCACAGUAUGGGGCAUUAAAAACACUUGUCUAGUAGUAUAUAACACUAGUUUUGCUAUGACCAGAGCUGUUACCUAUGUAACUAUCAAUAUUAUCAGAAAUUACUGUUUAAUAUGUAGAAUAGCAGAAUAACAUUUGAUUUUAUUAUUUGGUCACACUUCAGUAUAGGGGGCAAUUCUCGCUAUUAUCAAACCCUUAACUAUGACUUUUUCCACAAUAAACUCUUAAUUUGUUGCUUAUUAAUAGUUAGUAAGGUAGUUGUUAGGUUUAGGUAUCGGAUAGGAUUAGGGAUGUAGAGUAUGGUCAUGCAGAAUAUGUGCUUUAUAAGUACUAAUAAACAGCCAAUAUGCCAACAAUAGGCAUGCUAAUAACAACUAGUUAAUAGUGAGAAUUGCCCCCUACACUGAAGUGUUACCUAUUAUUUAAUAAUGUAAAAAUGAUCAUUUCAUGGAAUGAACAGUCAUACAAUGUAUGCAUGUCUAGCUGUCAAAUAUCAUGUUUCUAUCCCACUUACAUAUCAGGUAAUCCGUAAACUCAAAAUGCAUUUAUAACCAAUUUAUUAAAACUGUAUUUUAGAAGAACUGAAAUAUAAUGUCUCUGUUUUCUUUAAAAAGGAGUGCAUGGUGCAUGAGUUGUUAUCGAAACCCCACCCCCUCAC